GAUUUCCAUUGGUUACAGAGGGUGCUAAAUUAGAACCGCUCUUUACUAUCACACUCUUUGGAUAAAGUCAGUCAACAUGGCGACCGCGUGAAGGAAAGGGGUUAAAUGUUUGCAGUGCCAACAAAAUGAGGCUUCCGCGGUGCUGCUUCGGGCUCCGACGAACCUAUUUGCUUUGGGCAAUUCUUCUGAUCCUGCUCGUUGGUGCAGUUUUGACAGCUCUGCUACCACCUGCUGAGGACCAAAGAGGGGUUGGUGUCUUGGAUGUGCUAAGAAGGGCAACGCCAGGAAAGCAGAAUCCCGCACAGGUUCACCAUGCUGACACCUCGGAAGAGAAGUUUAUCAUCAUCAUCCAGACUUACAACCGCACAGACAUUUUGCUCAAACUCCUAAACCAUUACCAGGGAGUGCCCCAUCUUCAGAGGAUUAUCAUAGUUUGGAACAACAUUGGAGAGCAGACACCUGCAAAGCUGUGGAACUCGUUGGGGCCUCAUCCUGUCCAGGUAGUCUUCAAAGAGCAGACUAGCAAUCGAAUGCGCAACAGACUACAACCCUUCCCUGAAGUUGAUACUAAUGCUGUUUUGAUGCUGGAUGAUGACACACUUAUCAGUGUCCCUGAUAUCAGUUUUGCUUUCUCUGUCUGGAAGCAAUUUCCAGACCAGAUUGUUGGAUUUGUCCCGAGGAAGCAUGUUUCAACACUAGCAGGAGUGUACAGCUAUGGCAGUUUUGAGCUGCAGGACCCAGAAACAACUGGAGGUGACAAGUACUCCAUGGUGCUAAUUGGUGCUGCCUUUUUCCACCGACGCUACUUGCAGCUCUUCCAGGACCAACCUCAAGCAGUGCAUGCUUUGGUGGAUGAAACACAGAACUGUGAUGAUAUUGCCAUGAACUUUGCUGUAGCUCUGUAUUUAAGAAAACUCUCAAAGUUAAGCAAAAUGAAUCGACCCUCUGGGGUCUUUAUCAAACCUGUGGACCUCCGCAACCUGGAAAAGGAGGCCACCAGUGGAUACCAGGGUAUGUGGCAUCGUCCUGAACACCUUCUCCAGAGGUCCUACUGCCUAAACAGGCUGACACAGAUCUAUGGCUUCAUGCCUCUUUCCUUCUCCAACCUGAUGGUCUCCCAGUUUGGCUUCCCCAGUUAUGCAAAUCACAAGAGCAGGGGAUGAGGAAGUACUGCAUUGCUGACGAGUUUGGAUUUAAAGAAAGGCUUUAGCUGUCUGGACUCUGAGCUGGUUUGUCAUUCUCAGCAUGACAGUGAUGGAUUCCUGAUUUGAACAGCGAGGACUGAUUGAAGAAUUUGCUGCAAAUGCCCUUGUCUGAUGAGACAUCCAUAUUUGAUAAGCUAAUUUGUAUUGUUUACCAACAUGUGCCUUAGAGCCAGCAUAUAUAACUCUCCAAUUGUUGUGCAGUUACCAUGAAGCCAAAAAGUAUUAGUCUUUGAUUUGCUUUCACAGAUUCAGUCAUUGUUCUGUGCUAUUUUUCCCUGUUAAAUACUAGAAGAUGUUAGUACUCUGUAGUAAUCUUUGACCAAAAAAAAACUCCCACCAAAGUAUUUGAAUAAAAAGGAAUUAUUAAAAGCAU